AUGUCGGAUGGUAGCUCUUCUCUAUCUAGUUACGCAUCUCCGGUAACUCCAUCUAUCGGUUCCAAAAGUACGUAUGAGAAUUCAUUCCAAGACAUUGAUACAUUCCGUGUUAAGCUUCUCUGUUUUAUGGAUUCUGAGAUUAAGAAAAGACAGUUUCUUGACCAGAUUCGUGGCCGCUGUUCUAUUGACUUGAAGGCUUUGGUAGAAUGGGAGAGCCCUUUGACUGUGUCGCAAAAGAAGGUUGAGGUAGAGAAGCUUCUACCGGACGGUAUAAAAGAUGAUGACAGUGUUUCGCCCACAGGAGCAGUUAAAUGGGUAACGCCUGACUUUGUCGUUGUUCCACGUUCCCCGAAAAGAAUAUUCUGCAGGCCACAUUGUCCAUCUCGAAAACACAAACCACUGGAGUCUGUUCGGUUGCAAUUUCCAAAGUCAAUUUAUAGUGCUAUGAAAGACUAUGGCCUUGCGCCUUGUGGAAGGUGUCGUCCUUUGGACAGCCAUUAUCUUCCAGCUCAAAGUCGAUUACUCCAAUCAGUAGAGUUGAUGAAAGAAAAAGGCUAUAAAGCUAAGCUUAUUGAUCUAGCAAGAAAAGCUGGCAUGUCUAAGCACCACUAUGAUAGAAGCUUUAGUGCCAAGUUUGAACUUCCUCCUGGAAAAUUUCAGAAGAUGAAAUUGGCACAGCUUUCUAAAGAUGAAGAGCAAAUCGACAAACACUCGGAUGAGCCUUGCUCUGCGCCAGGUACCAGCUCGACAACCUCGACAGGAUCUGAUAUGGAAGAUGCUGGCGAUUUUGCUGAUUUCGAGUCACGUUUUAAAGAUCCCUUACAGAUUCCUUCCGGGGAACUUACGUUUUUCAGCGAUUCAGAGCCAAGCUCUAUCACAGAAGAGACUAUCGGCACUGAGGAGGACUUCUCCUCUUGUGAAAUGCUGAACAGUAUGGAGUGGUUUACUAAUUAUACCAAAGAAAUUGUCAGAGAAGAAGUAAACAUUGCGGUUUUUUACAACUCAAAUGAAGUUGGUUGUAAUCUUGAACAGCCAAUGACAUUCGAACCUGAGAGUGAUAUAUUUUCUCAAGGGUUCUACGAUUUCAGCUGUGAUUUUAUCCUCAACUAUAACUAG